UUUUUACAUGUUUUUAUUUGCUUCACCUGGACAUUUUAAUCAUAACUUCAUUUUCCUGUUGAAAGAAUAAAUAAAAACCAUCAGAAUGGGUGAAUUAUUUGAUGUACAGCGACAGAACUUUUGGACUGAAUCUAUCCACAAAGAAGCAUAUACACGACUGGCGUGGCAUGAGAAGUACAGCAAGGAGUUUGCCCGUGAGUCUCGGGAGGGAGGGCAGGCAGCUCUCGCUAGGAGGAAGCGGCCUGAUAUGGUGCCAAAGGUGAAACUCAUCCCUGUUCAGUCUUUGAAAACCAAGAAAGCAGCAGCAAAGAUCGACGCUUCCAAAGCACAGGAAAGUUCAAAGAAGGAAUUUGAAACACUUGCCGGCAAAGAUCCUAAUGCACUAUUGGUUGAAAUGAGGCCAGUUACAGCUGAUGUUCGUGAGCAAUUGUUCCAGGGAUUCAGCAAAGAAGGAACAGGACGCUAUGCCUAUCUUCAGAUGCGAAAAUUGAAGAAACCAGAGAUGAAGUAUGAGGUUCCACUCACCAGUUCAUGGGAAUAUGGAUGGAGGUUGAAUGAUGUUGUGAAAGAAUUCCGCGCACCUACAUAUGGCCGUUCUCGAAUCGUGAAAGACACCUUUUUCCGUACAAAUGGAAUAUUGUAGUCGGUGAUGAUAUAGACCCUAGAUCUAUCUAGAUCAGACAAUUCAAUCUAUCUUAAAUCUAAUGUUAGGCCUACCAAAUAUGAUUGGCUAG